AUGGAUGUAAAUAAUGCCUUUCUACAAGGCACUCUUGAAGAAGAAGUCUAUAUGAUGCAACCUCCUGGCUACGGGGAUCCUACCAAACCCAAUCAUGUCUGUAAAUUACGCAAAGCAAUUUAUGGGCUCGGACAGGCUCCCCGCGCAUGGUACAAUGAGUUAAGUGCCUUUCUCCUUGAUCAUUCUUUCGUCAACUCCAAAGUGGAUAGUUCUCUUUUUAUCUACUCCAAAAAUGGGAAAUACAUGUAUUUUCUAGUCUAUGUUGAUGAUCUCAUCAUCACUGGAAGUGAUUCCAAAGUUGUGAACCAAUUCAUUGCCUUGCUCUCCCACCGAUUUUCUGGGAAAGAUCUUGGGUCUCUACACUACUUCUUGGGAGUUGAAGUAGUACCUACUCGACAUGGUAUACUUUUAUCCCAACACAAGUAUAUUUGGGACCUUCUUGAGCGCCAUAAAAUGACUGCUGCUAAAGAGGUUAGCACACCCAUGGCAACGGGUACUUCUUUGACUAUUCAUGGUGGCAUCGAACUCACAAAUCCAACGGAUUUUCGAAGUUUAAUUGGUGGCUUACAAUACCUUCUUAUUACCCGACCAGACAUUGCUUACACGGUCAAUAAGUUAUCACAGUUCAUGCAUAAACCCAACGAUACCCAUUGGACGGCAGCCAAGAGACUACUGCGCUAUCUCAAGAGUACUAUCUUUCACGGCUUACACUUGCGUCGUGAUACCACUCCGACACUUCAUGCUUACUCCGAUGCCGAUUGGGCUGGUAAUUCGGAUGACCGUACUUCCACUUCUGGAUUUAUUAUCUACAUUGGUGCUAAUCCCAUUUCAUGGAGUUCUCGGAAACAAAAAUCUAUUGCACGCUCCUCUACCGAGGCCGAAUAUAGGGCCAUCGCCACAACCUCGGCUGAAAUUCUUUGGGUCCAAAAUCUCCUUCAAGAGCUGGCAAUUCAUUCAACACAACCCCCUAUCAUCCAUUGUGACAAUAUUGGUGCAACAUAUGUCUGUGCUAAUCCGGUCUUCCAUUCUCGCAUGAAACAUAUUGCUAUUGACUACCAUUUUGUUCGAGAGCUUGUCCAGACACACCGUCUUCAACUUGCCGGUUCUAACUUUCUUUUCGUCUUGGCCUUUCUCAUCGUUUCCAUCGUCAGGCACGAAGGACAACUGGUUAAACAUGUCGUUACCAAGGUUUUAAGUGAGCUGAAAGAGGCUUAUUUGGUGGUUACUGACUCCUUGGUUGGAGUUGACCACAGCGUGAAGGAAAUUCUGGAAAUGAUAGGCACCAACAUGGAUGAUGUAAAAAUCGUGAGAAUUCACGGCAUGGGUGGCAUUGGAAAAACGACUCUUGCCAAAGUAGUCUACAACAAGCUUUCCCGGAACUUUGCUCGUUGCUGUUACCUUGAUGAUGUUAGAGAGAAUUCAAACUCAAAAGGAAUUGUAUAUUUGCAGAACCGUCUAAUUUCAAACCUUUCAAGACAGGCACAUCCACCUGUUGAUUGUGUCGACGAGGGAAUAAGGAUGAUAGAAGAGAGAUUUUCCAGUUUGGAAGCUCUUAUUCUUCUUGAUGAUGUUGACGAAAACAGUCAAUUAAUUGCACUCUUGGGGAGGCGCUGUUGCUUCGGUCCAGGAACCUUGAUACUUAUAACCACAAGAAAUGAAAUUGUUCUUCAUAAAUUUGAUGUUAAAUUGAUUUAUCCAGUUGGUGAGAUGGAUUCGAAGAGAUCGCUCCAGCCAUUCAGCAAGCAUGCUUUCGGAAGAGAUCACCCUCCACUAGAAAAAUUAGAGCAGUCUAGAGAAAUUGUGAAGAUAGCCCAAGGUCUUCCAUUGGUUCUUGAGGUGAUGGGUUCAUCAUUAUGUGCACAAAAAGAAAUUAUCUGGAAGGAGUACCAGGAGAAGUGGAAAAAGGGUCGUAUUGAAGCAAUUCAAAGUAAAUUGAUGAUAAGCUACGAAGCAUUAGAUCCUUGCCAACAACAAAUAUUUCUUGAUAUAGCUUGUCUUUUCAUCGGAUAUGAUAAGAAUAUGGUUAUGUACAUGUGGGGAGAUGGUGAAUUAUGCCCAACACACAGUCUUGAAGUUCUUCAAUUGAUGUCACUAAUUAAGAUUGAAAAAGACAAUAAGUUUUGGAUGCAUGAUCAUCUCAAAUAUCUUGGUAGGAAAAUUGCUUCUCAAGAAAGUGGAGGUCGAUCAGCCCGGAACAAGGAGGCACUGGACGUACUACAAGGAAAGAAGAGAAAUGAAAAGCUUGAAGCCCUCUCUCUGGAGUUUGAGGAAGUUUUGGAGUACCAUUUCCCUCUUGAAGGAUUUGCGGAUCUACGAAAUCUAAAGCUCCUUGAAGUGGACAGCUCAUCCCCCCGUCACGAGUCGGUUGAGCGUCUCAUGACUCCCGAUCUGUCUGAAUUACUCACAUUGGAGAGAUUGAUUCUUGACUACUGUGAUGAAUUGGCUGAAAUUGACUCGUCAAUCGGUGAAUUGAAGAACUUGGUUUUCUUGAGCUUAAUGGGUUGCAGGGAACUCCGGCAUCUGCCUGAAGAGCUGGGUGGCUUGCCAAGUCUAACAGUACUUCUCCUUGAUGGAACUUGUGUCGGAGAAAUAUCGGGUUCAGUCAACCUUCCAACUUCUUUGUCAAAGCUUUCUUUGGCAAACACAGCUAUAACGCACUUGCCUCACGCCAUUGGAGAAAUGGCAAGUCUCGAGCUCUUGUCGUUGUAUGGAAGUCUGUUCAUAAACAGACUUCCAUACUUCAUUGGACAACUACAGUCGUUGACUAAGCUCGAUCUGUCCUUUUCAACUAUCACAGAGUUGCCCGAUUCUAUGGAAAGGCUGGAGAACCUGCAAGUGCUGAGAAUAUGGCAAUGCUAUAGUUCAGAGGGUAUAUCUGCCAUGCCUAAACUUCCAGUGAGCUUGACUUCUCUGGCAAUCUGGUCAGAAUCCCUGGUAGCUCUUCCCGAUCUUUCGAACCUGAUCAACUUGAAACAACUGGUGUUGUUAAUGGGAGGGCCAUCUGAGUCGGAGCAAGUUCCCAUGCCUUGGUGGCUUGGGAGGUUAUACAAAUUGCAAGUCUUGGCAUUGAAGAUCCCACACAUGACUAACCUAUCUCCUGAUCUAAGUGCCCUUUCUCACUUGAAGUUUCUUUACCUCGAAGAUUGCGAAAGUCUCCAAUGCAUUCCGCAGAUCUCCUCGACUGUCUCAGAGCUUCAUAUCUUGGAUUGCCAGUCACUGACCACACUUGAUAUUUCGAAUUUGAAGAACCUAUCAGAGCUUUAUAUUGUAGGUACACCGGUGGAGGAUCUUUCCGGGCGUGAACUGCUGGACAAUCUGCUAGAGUGCAAGAUAGAAAAAAUUGGACAUUCAGGCGCAUCUGCACAUUCAUGCAAUAAUUUGUUUCAAAUGGUAUUUGAUGGGCUCUAA